CGUCGCCAUGUUGAUUGUGCCGACUCUUCUGUCGUCUGCCCUCCAAACAGGCUCCGUCGUGACCAGGAGACUUUACCGACUACCAUUAUACCUGACAGAGCUUUCGGCUACACCAAAGGAAAAUGCCGCCGGUCAAAGCGCUGGUGGUUGGCGGCGGCAUCGCGGGCCCAGCCUUUGCCCACUGGCUGUCGCGCACUGGCGCACUAGUCACCGUGAUAGAACGCUCAUCCGCAAUGCGCACUUCGGGUCAGCAGAUCGAUCUGCGCGGGCAGGGCGUCGAGGUGGUAAAAAGGAUGGGCAUCUUGCCCGCCGUGCGGGCCCGGAGGGUGCGUGAGCCAGGAACGCAGUUUGUCGACGUCAGUGGCCGCGUCUGGGCCUCCUUCCCCGCCGUCGAGACCGGUACCGGCAUGCAGGGGGUCACGUCCGAGUACGAGAUUAUGCGCGGCACCCUGGUUGACAUUCUCUACGGUCUGACCAGGGACAAGCCGAACGUGAAGCACCUGUUCGACACGACGGUGGACAGCUUCACGCAGGACGAGAAGGACGCGGCCGCGGGAAAGGUGCACGUGCGAUUUGGGGACGGCAAAGAGGAAGACUUCGACCUCGUCGUCGGCGCCGACGGCACGGGCUCGCACACGCGCCGCAUGAUGCUGGGCCCCGAGGCGCCGGACCCGCGCCAUCGCAAGGCCGGGUAUAUCGCCUUCUUUAGCGCGCCCGCGGAGCAGGGGGACCCGCCCGAGUUCACGGGCUGCAUGCUGCCGGGCAGGCUGCCGCGCAUGAUUGGCACGCGCAAGGACGUGCCCGAGCUGACGCGCGUCUACAUGAUCAUGGACGACACGGACCCGGCCGUCGAGGCCGCCUACCUGUCCGGCGACCGCGCCGCCAUCAAGGCGGCGCUGGCGGACCUGUACGAGGAGGGCAGCCAUUGGCAGUGCCCGCGCCUCAUGGCGGCGCUACGCAACGCGCCCGAGGCCGACGACCUCUACUGCACGCCGUUCGAGGACGUGCGCCUGCCGCCCGGGGGCUGGUCGCGCGGCCGCGUCGUGCUGCUCGGCGACGCGGCGCACGCCGAGACGGCCAACGGCUACGGCACGUCGUACGCCCUGAUCGGCGCGUACCUGCUGGCCGGCGAGCUCGCGCGCGCCCUCGGCACCCCAGGCCUGGCGGCGGGCGAGGCCGUGGCGCAGGCAGCCCGAGAGUACGAGGAAAAGUGGCGGCCUGUCGCGACCGCGACGCAGGGUGACAAGCCCUGGUUCGGCCGCUUGGCUCAUCCCAGGUCUAGCCUAGGGAUUUCUAUCUUUCAGUUCGUCGCCGCGGGCGUCGCCUUUUUCAGGAUGGACAGGAUGGUCGGACUGACGGCAGCGUCGGGGAAGUGGAAGCUUCCAGAAUAUCCCGAGCUACUGGCCGUAGAGGAGCAGGACUGAAAUAGCUGGUGGGCUGCCUCUCGUACCUCGUAAUCAUCCAUCUCCGCUUCGUCGCACAUGUCGUUAUUACUUAUACACACGCCGCUAUGACUUUCCGACAACUACAUGUGACUCUUCGAUGGUAACAGACCAUUCCACAUUAAGCACAAUCCCGCCGGCACUCGCGCGACUAUGCUCCAGUGAAAUAUCAUUGUGCGCACCCCAGGACACUGUUACGCUAUGGCUGGUGCCUUGGAGCACCAAGUGGUCACUGAACGGAUAGACCACGCUCUUCUCUCCCUUAUUUCUCUUGACAUGGCUGGAACCAUGUAGGAGACCGCCUGCAUUAAUCAACUCGAUGUCCCCACCAGCGCUUCCCCUACCAUCACUGGUGCUCCCGCGGCUCGGCUGCGACACGAAACUCCCGAGCGCGAAGGACGCGGAGGGCUCCCGCUUCCGCCCUUUGCAAGUCGAUAGCGUCCUCCUGCCGGGCCACGCCGCCCGCGACCCGCCCGCCGUGCUGGGCGCCGAGGGCCGUGACGAAAGGAUCGUAGGCGACGGCGGCGGUGCUCGCGAUGGCGAUGCACAUCUCGACCUGGACACACACGGCGGCGCCGACCUCUUGCAGCGACGGGUCCCCCGAUACGAGCGCGCUCCGGAGCAGGUGGGCGUGCAGGACGGCCGGGGCGACGAGAACCAGGCGUGCGCCAAAGACGGCCGUCACCGCCAGCUUGGCCGCGAGGCGCAGGCGCAGACCACUGACGAGGUAGAUGGACAGCGAGAAGAGGAGGAGCUCGCUGGCAACGUCGAGGCUGGCGACCACGACCCACCGCACGGACUGUGUGCGCCCAAACGUCAGUACGUCAGUUUAGUGCCACAGAAAAAACACCGAGUUGGGAGGGGAACGGAG